AUGAGUGAAAAUUCACCAGCUCCAACCCCAACAAGAAGUGUUUAUGGAUUUGUAAUGUACAUAGCUAGUUACACUUUAUUUUUCAUCUACUUAAUAUGGGCAUAUAUUCCAGAUCCAUGGUUGCAUUCUUUAGGACUGACAUACUGGCCUCAAAAAUACUGGGCUGUGGCAAUUCCAGUGUUUGUGUGUUGUUGUUUGGCUAUUUUUGCUUUAUUAAUCUAUCCUGGAGUUAGUCUUAUGAUGACACUUGAUUUGUCAUCAGUUCACACAAUUACUGAUGAAUAUGCCAGGAGCCCUAAGUCUGCGGUUAAAGGUAGCAUUCCACCUAUUUAUGACAUUCCAAUUUCAGAAGUUUGCCAUAGAUUGUAUUUGAAAAAGAAAAAUUGA